AAGCGAUACAAAUGUACUGUUUGCACUAAAAGGUUUACGCGUCCCAGUUCCUUAACCACCCACAUGUACAGCCACACUGGCGAGAAACCACACAAAUGCCCAGUAUCAUCAUGCGGCCGUCGAUUCUCGGUCGUCAGUAACCUUCGCCGCCACAUUAAGAUU